CGCGCACAUCAAAGGGUUUGGAGGAUUGCCGAUUGACACAUUAUUCAGAAAGUUAUUGUCAAAAUGGCCGGGGUGGUCUUAGAAAACUUGAGCAAUCGAAAACUUUCGAUACUUGGAGUGACGCUUUUGUUGGUCCUUGUGGGAUUUUUCCUGAUCGGAGGAAUUAUAGCACCAUCUCCUUCAAAUGUCAUCAGCGCACUGACUGUAAAGUGUAUUGACUCAAAGAAAGUCUUCAACACUUCCACGUGGUUCAACCCUCGUUCAGACAAGUUAUUAAAAGAAUGCGAUCAAGUCAAUAGCUUGAACGAUCCAAAACUCCAGCAAAGAGAAAUAGAGGCUAACCAGAUAGUGUUUGCGCAGUGGUUGCCCCUGCCUCGUGGUGGAAAACAGCUUGACAUGUCUCGAUGGUUUCAGAACGUCAUUGCCGUCAUACAAAUUGACAUUGGUUACAGUGAAAAGAAUCCCAUCGGCCCUGACCCGGUCCUGCGGAUGGUUGCCAGCAUCGGGUACCGUGACAAACACGACAAGGAAGAUGACUGGAAGGAACUAGCAAGGGCCACUGAGGACCGCCAUCUUGAGUGUCAUCUUGAUGAUCAUGAAAAAGAAGAAGGAGUACAUUACCACUGUGAUCUCAUACCCUUCUUUGAGCUGGGAAGUGUUCACCAUGACUACUACCUGGUCAACAUCCGAAUCCCUGUGCUGGAGUCCAGAGGCAUCAACUUAGGAAUAGGCAGCAUAGAAGAUAUCCAUGUUGUGGCCAUCCACCAGAACGGUGGUUUCACCAAGGUGUGGUUCUCCAUGAAGACUGUUGUCUUCCCCGUCCUCCUCGCUGUUCUGGUCUGGUUCUGGAACAGAAUACAGAAACUCAGUCGUCUUCCCAACCUGCUGGAAAGGACUCUGUUCUCUCUUGGCAUAAUCUUGUCCAUUAUGAACCUGCCUAUUGAGUGGUUGACCUUGAACUUCGACAUGCCAUACAUGCUGCUGGUGGGAGACAUCCGCCAGGGGGCGUUCUAUGCAAUGCUGUUGUCCUUCUGGGUGAUCUUCGCGGGGGAACACAUGAUGGACCAGGUGGAGAGAAACAAGCUGAGCGUGUACUGGAAACAUCUGGCUGCAGUCAUCUUUGGAUGCGUUUGUCUCUUUGUUUUUGAAAUGUGUGAGAGGGGUGUCCAACUGAAACCCUUCUUCAGCAUCUGGACGACGAAGGUUGGCACUAACCUGGCCUUGACCUUCAUCAUCCUGGCAGGCAUGUCAGCUUGUCUGUAUUUCAUCUUCCUGUGCUACAUGAUCUUCAAGGUGUUCAGAAACAUCAGUGCCAAGAAGCUUUCACUCCCCCACAUGAGCAGCGUGCGACGCAAGUUCUAUAUGGGCUUGAUCUACCGCUUCAAAUUCCUGAUGCUGAUAACCCUCGUGUGUGUGCCCCUCACUGUCAUCUUCUUCAUCAUCAGCCAAGUGAGCGAGGGAUCAUGGAAGUGGGGUGAUGAGAACAUCAGCCUAGAGUACACCAGCGCCUUCCUCACAGGUGUUUAUGGAAUGUGGAAUGUGUACGUGAUUGGCCUGCUGUGUAUGUACGCCCCAUCUCACAAGGCUAUUGCAAACGAUGAUUCAGUGAACAGCAGUCAGGAGGAAGAGGAGGUGCAGCUGACGCAGAUACCGUCUGAGGUAUCAGCCCUGUCAUCUUUUGCAUCGAAGGCUGCAACCGACUGAGGUAUUCAUCAAUCCAGGAUCCUCCAGCAGCCCUGGUCUCUACACAGUGCUAACUCAGACAGGGUACAAUAUCCCAGCUCUAGACUCCGUUCUUACAACUUGUGAUAUGUGUCUAUAUUUUGUCAAUGGCUUACAAUUUCAAUGGUUACUUUGGUGAUAUCAUUUUAGAAACAUUUUUGCCAUAAGCUCUUUACUGUUGUCAUUGUUGCUUCAUUUGUUGAAAACUUUGAGAUGAAAUUUAUUGGACUUCUAUGGAUCAGACCCAAAACAUUUUUAUAACGUCCUUCGUAUUCAUAAAAUUCUGUCAGGUACAGAUUUGUCAUGUGACGUGAAAUGGCAGUUGGCAAGUAAUGCAGUCUUUUCACGCUGUACUGAAGUGAAUGUAUGAAAACCUAAACAAAAUUGUGUGUAACGAUAUAUUUAACUGGUUUAUCAGUUAUUGUGCUAACUGCCUCAUACACUUGUGACCGAUUGCAGAUGAUUCAUGAUGCUGCAGAAUGCAUGGUUGGGCCUGUGGCCGGUGUAGAGUUAUGUCCCUUGAUCAUGCCAGAAACCUGUGAUUGUGGGUUCGAAUCCAUUUUGCCCUGAUAUUGUUUCUUUGUUAGUCAAAACCAAUGUUUAUGGGUUUAUCCAAAGAGGCAAAUGUCUGCGAUCUGAGUCAUUAAAACUUUCCUCCCACACUAUGCUGACACACCAUAAUAUAACUGGAACACUGGUCAAAGAAAUGCCACCCUAAGCCCAGAUAACUCAUGAUACUGCACGAUUCACUUCUUUAAGCAGGAUAAACGUCAUAAUCAAAGCUUAGAUAUUUAAAUAAUCAAAACCUGCUGGUACUUAAAAUGCAGUUUUGUACAUUUGUAGUUUAGAUGCCUUAGUUUAUAUAUUUUACAAUAAUAAUCAUGCUGUGUAUUUUUAGAGCAUGAUACAUGAAGUUUACACAUUUAUACAUAUCUUAAUAUAUAUAAUACAUCCAAUAUUUCUACUAUAUAUUUGUAUGCAACGUAUGUUAAGAGUGAAAUAAUUGUGUUCUUGUAACCAACACAGGAUGUAUUUUAUAUCAUGUUUAUGUAAUGAUCUGGUCAGCAUUUAUCAUGUUUAUGGACCAAUGAAAUAACUUGAGAUCCUUGUUGAUGGGGUUUUCAUCUUACCAAGGUAAACUUUUAGUCAAGUUAUCAAACUGACAGCACCAACAUAGGCUUGAUCUACAGUUUGAAUGUACAUGUAAGUAAAAGCUGACCUAUAAAUAAUCGGUCGUCAUCAUUAUCAUUGGUUAAAAAGAACAAUUUGAUCUUGAUUUGAAAUAUUUUGCGUCCCUCAGUGAAUUGUUUUUCUGCCUCCAUUCUCUACAUUUGUGAGUACUGGACGCACAUUUAAGUUUCGCGGAAAACCCUGCAGAUGUAAUCAUAGUUAGUCCAAUAAUUAAGCAUGUAAGAAUGUUUUAGGUUUACAUUGUGUUGUUUGCAUACGUAGAAUAGUGAGUUGUUAUAAGAUCUGAAAGUAAAUAAUAUUCAUAAUAUUCAUUCACGUUUUCUUGAAUCUAGGGGUGAUAUGUCAAGGUUUAUGUAUGGUGGGGGUGUGGCUGAGCACCCUUAAGGUGCAAGUGUUUAAGAGUUACACCCCCUUGCAGUGACAGGACAUGUUGGUUGAGUGUUCAAAAUGCAGAUUCCCCUCAGUGCCAUUGUUUUUACAAAAGUGGUAAUGGUCUUUAACUUAAAUGUCUUCCCACAGUAAGCUGUCUCACAGAAACAGUACUGGAAUAUUGUUCACAGUUCAAAAUAGGUUUAGACUCACUGCAUAAUGGCUUGGGUUACAGUAAGUUGUAUUUACAUUGUGUCUUGAAAUUGGUGUCAUUGUGUGUCAAAGCAUAUUGUAUUUUACAGAAAGAUCUGUUUUUUAUGAUGACAUAAGUUUUGUGUCAUCUUUUUCUCAAUUCUAGAUGGUAAUGUUCUUUUCCCAGAGUAACAGAGGGAUCCUGUCAUAGACUCUGCAUCUGUUUAAGCAGUAUUUGAUCAGCUAUAACCAACAGAGCCAAAUAUCAGAAACUCAGUUGGUGCAAAUAUAAUAUGUGUGUUCUUGCAUUUAGAGAUCUGUGUCUUGCUUGAUGUGUAUAUAAGGAAUUAUGUUUUAUUGUGAUUUCCAUCGUAGCUCAUGUUUCCAGUGUUCUAUUUUAUAAACCUCAGUUCAAUAGCUGAGAGAUUAUCAUACUUGAUGUUACUGUGGUAACAACCAAAUACCCAUGACAAAACUUAGCAAUACAAAAUAUGGCAAAUUAUGAAAAUACUAUUUCUCUUUCAUAUGAUGUUUCAAUUACAGAUAAAUCCUUGGUGGAAUCUCUGAAGGUGGAUACAGGUUAAUUGCUUGGAUUGAUUCUUUAUCUGUAAUUGUACAUUGUUCAGAGCAUUAAUAUCACUGCUCCAAACUAAAAUAAUUCCCAUAAGCAAUAAAAACAACCAUCCACUUCUUGCCAGUUACUGAUAAACCCUUUUCAUCGGCAAAUCAUUAUUACAAGUAUAAGUACACAAGGUUUUUCCAAUUGAUACAUAUUUAUGGGUUGGGUUUACCAAAAGCCUGUGAAAGUGGAGGGCUUGGUUUAAUGUAUAGUGACCAUUAUUUAAGAACAAUGAUAAAUAUUGGGCCUGGACCACAAUCUAUAGAACAGUUUGGGGCUUUAGGGUAGCCUUAUGGUUGAAGUAUUUGCUGGCCAUACCCAAAGUAUACGGUUCAAUCCCUACCAGGGUAUCACAUGUGAGGCCUAUAUCUGCCAAAAUACAGCUGGGAUAUUGCUUAAGUGGAGUAAAAUCCUACUUUAUUUUCCUACAACUCUUGAGAUUAUGAAGUGGAUCAAAGGCUCAUAGAACUUGACUAUUUCUGUUCUUUGUGGCAGAAUGAAGGAACCCGCAUUGUGAAGCCCUGUGGUUUACAUUUUGGUCACAUAAGCAUUACCGUUGUGAUAGUUAUGAGGAACUUGUGAAUCAUGCCUCUGGUAUUGUGUUGUGGCAUACUUGCCUACGCUUUUAUGUCACGCGUCAAAGAUCUAAUGGAUUUAACGUUUACAGCAAUAGAGUAAUUUAGAUAUUUUUAUGUGUACAUUUACAUUUACGAACUUUAUAUAUUCUGUAUAUUGUAGAUAAUUUUGAGAAUAAAUGUUCUUUUGAAUUA